AUGGGAAACCUCGUUGAAGAAAACUUAAGCUCUAACCCUAAAACAGAAAUUGUUAUUGAUGAUGACAAUGAGUUGGGUUUGAUGGCUGUAAGACUAGCCAAUGCUGCCGCCUUUCCAAUGGUUCUCAAAACUGCCCUCGAGCUCGGUGUCUUUGACACUCUCUAUGCCACCUCCACGUUCCUCUCACCUUCCGAGAUAGCCAGCCAGCUACCAACCAUUCCUCGUAACCCUGAGGCACCGGCUUUGUUGGAUCGUAUGCUUCGUCUACUCGCUAGCUACUCCAUGGUCAAGUGCGGUACGGUCCCAGCUAGGAAAGGCGAGAGGGUCUACAAAGCUGAGCCGAUUUGCAGGUUCUUCUUGAAGAAUAAUAUUCAAGAUAUUGGAUCUUUAGCUUCUCAAGUCAUUGUCAAUUUCGACAGUGUCUUUCUUAACACAUGGGCACAAUUGAAAGAUGUGGUGCUAGAAGGAGGAGAUGCAUUUGGCCGCGCACAUGGUGGCAUGAAACUCUUUGACUAUAUGGGAACAGAUGAGAGAUUCAGCAAACUCUUCAACCAGACAGGAUUCACUAUUGCCGUAGUGAAGAAGGCUCUUGAAGUUUACAAAGGUUUUGAAGGUGUAAAUGUUUUAGUUGAUGUGGGAGGAGGAGUUGGUAACACUCUUGGUGUUGUUACUUCUAAAUAUCCCAAUGUUAAAGGUAUCAAUUUUGAUCUGACUUGUGCCUUGGCACAAGCACCUUCGAUCCCCGGUGUGGAACAUGUCGCCGGAGAUAUGUUCAUUGAUGUUCCAACCGGAGAUGCCAUGAUCUUGAAACGUAUACUUCAUGAUUGGACCGACGAAGACUGCAUCAAGAUUCUUAAAAACUGCUGUAAAUCUCUACCAGAGAAUGGUAAAGUGGUUGUAAUAGAAUUAGUCACUCCUGAUGACGCUGAGAGUGGGGAUAUCAAUGCAAACAUUGCCUUUGACAUGGACAUGUUAAUGUUCACUCAAUGUUCCGGCGGAAAAGAGAGGUCACGAGCUGAGUUUGAAGCUCUUGCCGCAGCUUCUGGCUUCACCCAUUGCAAGUUCGUUUGCCAAGCUUAUCACUGCUGGAUUAUUGAGUUCUGUAAAGAGAAUAUGUAA